UAUCGAUAGGCGGCGGUGGCGGUGACGGCGGCGCCCGUGACGUGAGUACGCGGCGGCGGCGGCGAGAAGGAAAAAGGAUGUGACCGGAGAGCAUUACGAAAAUGGGCGCUCGCGGUUGAUGUCGGUCCGAGCCACUAUCAGUUCACUCGCGUCGUACUUCACAUCGUCAACGAAGCCCCGUGUGCGCUCGCUGCUCACUCCGCGGUUAGUCGGGCGGCACACAAUGGUGCGUAACGUCCGCUAUUGCGCCGUCUCCCUCGUCGUCGUCGUAGCCGUUGCCGCGGUCGCACGUUGCCGUUAAAAAAUCGAAUACAAAUUAUUAAUUCCAUUUCUCGUUGUUGUAAUUGUUGAUUUUCUGUUGUUAUUGUUGGAAUUAUUUUUAUUGUUAGGUAAGUAGGCACGGUCUCCGUUUGCCAUUCGGUUGGCCGCGCAUCGUCGUCUCACGCCCUAGACGUGCGAAAUACCUACCAUGGCUGGUGCCUAGCGGUGGUUCUCCCGUUUUUAAUUUCUCUCCCGACUCCUAUUAAUUCACACGUCGUACGUUCUUACCGUCACUACCGUAACGACGCUGCCCGAUGAUCAGUGUCGACAAAAAGGAGGACGUCGUCGGAGGCGACCGUCCACUGGUGCCAUUGGAUCAAACGUUCACCGGCACGAUACGUAUCAAACUAUGUGAAGCUUCCGGCCUACGACCGACUGACCUGCAGACUCGCCUCAAGAACAUGUCCUUCUUGAAGCCUGAAGAUCCAUUGCUGGACGCGUAUGUCAGCAUCGAUGUGGACGACAAUAUAUUGCUUAGGUCGGCCACUAUCCCUAAGACCUACGAUCCUGUUUGGAACGAGUAUUUCACACAAGACGUACACGAAGCCAACCGAUUAGGUCUUACCGUGUUCCAUGAUGCCGUCAUUGAAGACUUGUUUGUGGCCAAUUGUAAGCUAUCAUUUAGUGAACUCAUUCAACGUGAAAUAUCAGAGGAUCAAGAAUUCUGGGUACAUUUAGAACCCCAAGGAAAACUGCAUCUUCGAAUAGAUCUAAAAUGGAACUCAAAAGAUCUACCGGCUCGCCCUCUGGAAUUCAAAGAACGACAAGGGUUAUUAAAUCGAAGGCGUGGAGCCAUGAGAAGACGAGUACAUCAAGUGAAUGGACAUAAAUUUAUGGCUACUUUUCUCAGGCAACCAACAUUUUGUUCACAUUGCAGAAAUUUUAUUUGGGGAUUUGGCAAACAAGGAUAUCAAUGUCAAGUUUGCACAUGCGUUGUUCACAAACGUUGUCAUAUGGAAGUAGUUACCAUUUGUCCAGGAUUCGGGAAGAAAGAAUUAAGUCAAGGAAAUCAAUCUCAACGAUUUAGUGUCAAUGUUCCUCAUAGAUUCAAACCACACACGUAUAAAAUAUUUACAUUCUGUGAUCAUUGUGGAUCAUUACUUUAUGGAAUCUAUAGACAAGGCUUACAAUGUGAAGUUUGUACAUUAAAUGUACAUAGGAGAUGUGUAAAAAAUGUUGCUAAUAACUGUGGCAUAAAUCCUCGAGAAAUGGCCGAUACAUUACGUAGCUGUGGUUUAAAUCUUAGCAAAAAUGUUGAUUGGCCUGGUGGUAACGGUAGUUUUAGCAUCAGCAGUGUUACGGGAAGUGGAAGUAGUUUGCACCGUGAUCUCAGUCAACAAUCUACUAAUAUAUUGAACAUAAUGUCAGAUAAGCAUUCCCCGCACGACAAACGAAGCACUGACAAAAUGUCUAAAAUGAAUCAAAGUAUGAGCUGCUUCAAUUUACAGAGUAAUCGAAAAAUGAGUGUGACCGAUUUUACUUUCAUAAAAGUAUUAGGCAAAGGCAGUUUUGGCAAAGUGAUGUUGGCUGAAAAACGAGGCACCGAUGAGGUUUACGCUGUCAAAGUGUUGAAAAAGGAUGUAAUCGUGCAGGACGAUGAUGUAGAUUGUACCAUGACGGAAAAACGUAUUUUGGCUCUUGCCGCUAAACAUCCAUUUUUAACCGCUUUGCACUCGUGCUUUCAAACUAAAGACCGGCUGUUUUUUGUGAUGGAGUAUGUGAAUGGUGGUGAUCUGAUGUUCCAAAUACAAAGGGCUAGAAAGUUCGAUGAGCUUCGCGCCAGAUUUUACGCUGCUGAAGUUACGCUUGCACUGCAGUUCCUUCAUCGACAUGGUGUAGUCUAUAGGGAUUUAAAAUUAGACAACAUAUUAUUAGACAAUGAAGGGCAUUGUAAGCUAGCUGAUUUUGGAAUGUGUAAGGAAGGCAUAACUGACGGAGUAACUACUACUACAUUUUGUGGAACUCCUGAUUACAUAGCUCCUGAAAUUCUUCAAGAACUAAACUAUGGUGCAAGUGUUGACUGGUGGGCUCUUGGUGUACUGAUGUAUGAAAUGAUGGCUGGCCAACCACCAUUUGAAGCUGAUAACGAAGACGAUCUCUUCGAAUCUAUUUUGCAUGACGAUGUACUGUAUCCAGUUUGGCUCAGUAAAGAAGCUGUUUCCAUACUGAAAGGGUUUAUGACGAAAAAUCGUAACAAGCGCCUUGGUUGUGUGUUAGCUGAUGGCCUAGAAGCUGCUAUAAGAGUCCAUCCAUUUUUUCGAGAUUUGGAUUGGGACGCACUAGAAAAUCGACGUGUUAAACCACCUUUCAAGCCUAAGAUUAAAAACAAAAAAGAUGCUAUGAACUUUGAUGCCGAAUUCACUAAAGAAGAACCAAUUUUAACCCCUGUACCCGUUGAUGUAACUCUGUCUAUAAACCAAGAAGAAUUUCAAGGAUUUUCGUUUGUAAAUUUCGAUUUUAACCCCAGCAAAUUUACCUCUUCUCAGACUACAGAUUCUUCUAAAUAAUAAUUCUACAAUACAAUAUAUUUAAUUAAGAGCAUCAAUUCGAAGAGAAUUCAAACGAACAGUCAACAGUAAACAAGAAUGAUUAUAUAAUAUGUGAUAUGCACGAGUCUCUUAUGGUAUUUACUCACGAGUUGCCUCUAAUUAUUUAUAUAUUAUAACAUUAGUUAACUUAUAAUGUGAUCUUUCACUCUAAUAAAAAUUGUUCUAGUCCUA